AUGGCUCCUAGUGCACGAGGUUGGGAGAUGAUCGAGAUCGUUUCGGUCUUGGUCGCGCUGUGUCUGAUCUCGGUAGUGCUUAGGUGGGUGGCCCGCCUGCAGAGGAGAGUUGGUUUUGGCGUGGAUGACCAUCUAAGCGCCCUGUCGAUGGUGCUGAUGAUUGCCAUGUUAAUUGAAUUGGUGUUAUGGUGCUCUAUUGGGGGCAACGGUGCUCACGUCCGCGAUCUUGACACCAAGACCCUCAUGAACUACUGGAAGAUCUUCCUCGCCAAUCAAUUUACCUAUUUCCUGCUCUGUCCCGCCAUCAAGAUCUCCAUCAUCUGCUUCUACCGCCGCGUAUUUACGAACCCCCGCUUCCAACACUUCACCUUCGGCCUGAACUGCCUCAUCGGCGCCUGGGGCACAGGCAUCUUCCUCGCCUGCGCAGGCCAAUGCCGCCCACUCCGCGCAUACUGGGACCACAGCAUCGAGGGCCACUGCUUCGACGCGAACCUCUUCAUCAUCGUCAACCAAGCCUUCAACGUGCUCAUGGACUUCGUUAUCCUCAUCCUGCCCGUUCCCAUGAUCUGGGGCCUACAUCGUGCCUGGCAGGAUAAGCUCGCACUGAACGCCGUCUUCGCCCUCGGCGCCUUCGUCUGCUUCGCCAGCAUCUACCGCAUCGUCGUGCUCUUCUGGAUCAGCCCCUCCGACCCUACAUACACCGUCUACCAAGCCACCCUGUGGACACACAUCGAGCCCUCCGUCGGCCUGAUUUGCUCCUGCCUUCCGAUCAUCCGCGGCCUGUUCCCGGCCCUCAAGCUGAGGAACCGCUCGAACCGCAGCGAUCGCCCCUACUACAUCAACACUGAUAUCAGCAAUUCCAACUUCCUGUCCAAGUCCAGCCCACGCUCACCGGAUCUGGAGUACAUGAAGAUGGAGGCGGGCAUGUACAGUACACAGAUUGAGCGUAAUGGCUUGAACACGGGUCGCUUCUUGGGCGAUGAUCUGCAUCCCCUCAAUAUCAAGGUGCAGACUGAUAUUGCGAUUACCCCGGAUAACGACUCCACUGCUCCUUCGACGCCGCAUAGCCAGCAUCACUGA